AUGCUAAAUCAACACAUUCUGUACGUCUACGAUCAUACACCUCAAAAAACAUUUGCUCAAAUACUUAUUGUUAUAGCAUUAUAUUUAUCUCGGCGUCUUAUUGAUAUGACAGGAGCUAUUUUUGAUGAAAAUGCUCCAUUUCGAUCAAAAGGAUUCUAUAUAUAUAUCUAUACAUCAAAAUCAAAUACAUUUUUAUUUUGUACUGCAUUCGUUUAUUUUCCUAUUUUAGAAAGAAUUUCAUCAAUUGUUUUAGUCGAAUUCGUUCGACAUCUCGAUAAACAAAUAACACGAAUGUAUUUAUUCCAAAUGACAACAAAUACUAUUGCAUCUGUUCAAUUUGCAACAACUAAUGUUUAUCGAUCAUUAAUAAUUGAUGAAAGUCGAGCUCAAGAUCGAGAAAAUAUGAUUAUAGUUUUGCGUAUCAUGAUACUAUGA